GGUGUCAAGGGACGGUGGGGCUCGCAGAAGAGGCGGAGCUACGGCAGUCCUGCCUGAGCCGCCAUUUUUGCAAAGGGAAUAGAGACAGGAGAGUGGAUACAGUUACCAAAGGUAGGCUAGGGAAUUAACCGGGUUUUAACAAGAAGACUCGCCAUAAACUAACCCUAAGGAGACGUCCGAGACAAUUAAUAGAGGUCGGAAUUUUUACAGUGCUGUUAAUUGAGAAUUAAAAUUUCCCUCCUGAAGGUCCGCAGUGAUACAGUAUUGUUUUGGUUGUGAAGACAAGGUGGCGGGGCUCUCACCCGGGUCCCCGCUAGUUUCUCUGUCGCUUUUAACCGCAGCGGACAUUAUCGGCCUGGUGGAUGCACUUAGAUGUCUGCAAUGAAUGCUGCGGCUGGAAUACCUCAGUGUUUUGGAUCCCCAUGCUUGGCACUCAGUAGGACAAGAACUUCUCAGCAGAGAACGUCAUGAGCGUAGCCGAUCCAGUAGGGGUGGACUCCACUAACACCUCGUAUCUGGACAUGGCUGCUGGCUCAGACAGACCCGAGUCAGUAGAGGCCAGCCCUGUGGUGGUGGAGAAGUACAGCUAUCCACACCAGGGUUGCAGCGCCAGCUCUAACCACUCCCACAGCUACAUCGGCCUGCCCUAUGCUGACCACAACUAUGGUGCACGGCCCCCACCCACACCGCCAGCCUCACCGCUGCCAGCAGUUCUGAUACGGACAGGUGAGGCGCUGUUUGUGCCGGCCCCCCAGGACGAGGUGUCUCGGGGCACCACUCUCAGCACCUCUGAAGACAGUAGCUACGGCGCUGACAUCACUCGCUGUAUCUGUGGCUUUACUCACGAUGAUGGAUACAUGAUUUGCUGCGACAAGUGCAGUGUGUGGCAGCACAUAGACUGCAUGGGGAUCGACCGGCAGCACAUUCCUGAGACGUACCUGUGUGAACGCUGUCAGCCGAGGAUCCUGGAUCGCGACCGGGCCAUUGUGCUCCAGACCCGCAAGAGAGAGAACAUGUCUGACGGGGACACCAGUGCCACGGAGAGUGGAGAUGAGGUACCCCUGGAGCUGUACACAGCUUUUCAACACACGGCUGCCAGUAUCACGCUAACCCCCACACGUGUAUCCAACAAGCAAGCUGAGAAGAAGCGUAAGAAGAGUGUUGACAAGGAGCCUGGGCCCACCACAGCUCGAGCCAAGAAGGCAUUUCGCGAGGGUUCCAGGAAGUCCUCCCGAGUAAAAGGCUCUGCUCCAGAGAUAGACCCAACAGACUCCUCUUCGCUGUGGGAGAACACAAUCAAGACCUGGGUGGAGCACUAUGAGGAGGCCAACGCCAAUCAGUACAGCGAGGAGGUGCAGAUCCUGCUCAGCGUGAAGGAAGCUGGAGAUGCGAGAACACGCGCCUAUAAUACCAGCAGUGCAGCUUUCAAGCCUCCCGUGGAGAGCCAAGUUCAAAAGAACAAGAAGAUCCUCAAAGCAGUGCGCGACAUUGUUCCAGAUACUCUCAUCAUUGAGUACCGUGGGAAGUUCAUGCUCCGACAACAGUUUGAAGCCAAUGGUUGCUUCUUCAAGAGGCCCUACCCUUUUGUGCUCUUCUACUCAAAGUUCCAUGGCCUGGAAAUGUGUGUUGAUGCACGGAGCUUCGGCAAUGAGGCCCGAUUCAUCCGCCGCUCCUGCAUCCCGAACGCAGAGGUGCGUCACGUGAUUGAGGAGGGCACGCUGCACUUGUACAUCUACUCUGUGAAGCCCAUCACCAAAGGCAGUGAGAUCACCAUUGGUUUUGACUAUGACUACGGCAGCUGCAAGUACAAGGUGGACUGCGCAUGCUUGCGAGGAAGCAUGGACUGCCCGGUGUUCCGGCUCAACUCGGAGCCUGCCGAAAAUCUGGGGGCAGGCACUGAGUCCCGGCGUCGGCGGACACGCAAGGACAAGGAGACACAGCGGGAGAGAGAGCGGGACAGCGAGGCAGCGCAAAACCAGAAUGUGGCGCUGGAUGGUGACAGCACUGGCACCAAGAGCAAGUCCUCUGUGGACAGCAAACAGAGGAGGAUGUCCCCGCUCCGUCUCUCCGUUUCCAACAACCAGGAACCUGAGUUAAUUGAGGAUAUAGAAGAGAAAACCUCCAUUAGCAAUGAAGUAGAGAUGGAGUCAGAGGAGCAGAUUGCAGAGAGGAGGAGGAAGAUGACGCGAGAGGAAAGGAAAAUGGAGGCCAUCCUGCAGGCCUUUGCUCGGAUGGAGAAGAGGGAGAAACGACGGGAGCAGGCACUGGAGCGGAUCGGCACCAAGACAGAGGUGGGGACCCGCAGUGACGUCAAGGAGGAGCCCCCCACAACUCCUGAGGCUGAUACCUCAAGUGUGCCACAGCCUCAGCUGGAACCAGCAAAGGAGGAGCCAGGAGCCAAGCCCCUGGCCAAAGUGAGCCGCUCCAAGCAGAGGAAGAGUCUGUCACGGAGUCGAACCCACAUUGGGCAGCAGCGGCGCCGCACCCGCACCAUCAGCGCCUGUUCCGAGCUGCCGCCCUGCUCACCUGGGGACUGCCCUGAAGUGCAGCCUAGUGAGCUCCCAGAAGACCCACCCCCACCAGCCCCUGAGCCUGAGCCAAUGCCAGUCCAGCCUCCAGAUGCAAGCCCCCCUCACAGUAACUCUCCGGCACCACCCUGUCGCUCCACAAAGUAUCCCAAGACUAAAAAGCACUUAGUAAGUGAGUGGAUGGUGGAGAAGCAGGAGCCCCCACCUGAACGUCCCUCCGAGCGCCCGCUGCGCAUCAGCAGUGACCCUGAGGUGCUGGUCACCCAGCUCAACUCCCUGCCUGGUCUGACAUGCAGCCCCCAGGUGUAUGGCACACCGAAGCACUACGUGCGCUUCUCCUCACCCUUCUUGACAGGCCGCAGCCCUGCCACGCCCACCGGGGUGCCCAUUGGCCGCCGGCGAUCCCGCGAGCUGCCCGAGACUCCCACUGCUACCGGGUCCUGUAAGAAGCGGUGGCUGAAACAGGCGCUGGAAGAAGAGAGCUGCUUGAACCCAGCCAGCCGCCCAGCCGUUGUCCUGCCCGGGGAGGGGCCACUCAGCCCCCCCGUCAACGGGGACUCGGACAGUCCUGUCCCGAUUAAUGGCAGCUGUGUACCUGAGCUACCUGCUCCACUGAAGAAGAGGCGCCUCUGCACCCUGGAUGUCUGUACAUCAGAGAACUCAACCCCCUACGGCUCUCCUUACGCCACUCCCACCCGAGCCGACCUCCCAGAGACACCUGUCCUCCUUUCCACUCCCCCCUGCCCCCACUUGGAGGACCGUGUCGUCGAAAUCACGCCCACGACCUCGACACACAACCUCCAGGCAGUGCCCCAUCCUGCACAGCCAGAGGGCGAAUUGUCUCCCGACUGUUCUGCCGAGGGAAGCCGCAGGUCCAGCAUGCAAGAAACCACACAGCCUGAGUGUCCAGCCACGCUGCUGUCUUCGCCAUCUGUGCGGACCUCCAGUUUGGAUGUCCCUCCCAAGGAGAUCAAGAGUGUAAGCAUGCUUAGUCCGCAGCCCCCGCAGCCGGACCCCCAGGAGUACGUGGGCGAGGAAGAGGGAGAGUCUGGCGCAGAGACUGUCCAGGACACCUCUCUUGUGGAGUCCCACGCACCCUCUUACCCACCCUGGGUAAAAAGCCCAGAGCAAGCAAGUGUGUCCUUUUCUCCACUGAACUCCAAUCUUCGGGACCUCACACCUUCUCACACCCUGGAGCCAGGUGCCUUCCAGCCAGAUUCGGGGAUGAGCUUCAGGGAGGGCACAUUCUUCUACACAUGCUCUGAGGAAGGGGGCGCUAUAGCAAUCGCACGGUCAUUGGGCUCGGACUUACUGACCCAUAACCCUCCACAAAAGAAAAAGGUGUCCUUGCUGGAGUACAGGAAGCGUCAGCGCGAAGCUCGGCGUAGCGGAUCCAAGGCAGACAGCGAGUUGCCCACCUCUGCCCCAGCACCCCCUUUACCAGGACUGUGUCGUACAGACAGCAGCCCGCCAACGCUGGACGGCGCCCUGGAAACGCUAGUCCAGCCUCCUGGCUCCACCCAGGAACCAGUUCCACCCAGCGAGGAUGGAGACGUUCUGCCUUCGGGAGAGAGGGAGGGUCGAGAAGGACAGUGGACUUGGUCAACAUCAGUGGAGCAGGCAAGGGAGCGCGGUUACCAACGGGCCCUGUUGCUCAGUGAUCACCGCAAGGAACGCGACUCUGAGGGUGGAGACGCAGCUGUGGACACGAGCGAUUCAGCGGGGUUGCGGUGCCCCUCGCCGAAAUUGCACAGAAGUUGCCGGAGCCCCUCAGUGCACAAGCCGUGUUCUCCGGGCCCCGGAUUACCCCCCCAGUUCGCCAGCACCUGCGGAAAGGAAGAAGACGGCAAUAGCCAGCCUCGCGCCGCCUGCCCCUCCCCGUCCGUCCAGCACGUGAACAAUCCCGCAGGGCCCAAGCCAGCCCCACUGACCACCACGAAACUGCACUGCGGAGCCUCGGCUGUGGCCCAGGGCCUGUUUCCUGCGUCUUCGGUGCUGCACUCCCCCAAAGCCCAGCCACAGGGUUCUCCAUACCGCGGCCAGCGCCCCUUCCUUCUGACACCACCUCAGGGCCAAGGCCAGUCACAGACCCAGUCAAGCCCAGGUGCAUUCCCCCAGUUUGGCCCCCAGGGAGUGCCACCGCCCCCACCGCCGCCACCACCCCCGGCACCUCCGACAUCCACCGCCCACUUCGCGGGCCAGACGGCAAACUCCACAGCAUCCUUUCCGGGCUACCAGGCUGCAGUGGUGGCCCAAUUUCCCUCUGGUUCCAAACCCCUAAUGCAGACUCACCACGCACUGCACUACCAGAGCUCCUCUGCUCCCCCUCCGCCCCCGCCACCGCCCCCCCACCCGGGACCCUCUCUCCUGCACGUGAGCCUGGCUCCCUCUGUCCAACAGCACCAGCUCCUGUUGAACUCUGCUGCCCCUCCCUCUUGCCUGCUGGGCUCCAGUCCCCUGCCUCCCCCCCCUCCACCCCAGUCCCAGGGCCCCCCGCAACAGUCAGGUGGCAACACUCUGCUGUCCCUCCAACAGGCCCCUCCGCCCCCACCACCUCCUCCCCCCGCGCCCUCUGGCAACCCACCUCUGCAAGCCGGACACCACUUCCAGGGCAUAGGGACUUUCCAAGCACCCCUGCUACACCCUGGGGCUUCGGGCGCAAGCUCCGUAGCCAGCGCCACCUACCAGACUCACCAGCAGGGUGCUCUCCCACCACCACCCCCUCCCCCGCCCCAGCAAACUGCGGUCACACAGACGCAGCCCGCACCCCCGCAGCUGGCCGCCGGCAUACGAGGGGCCCCCCCUUCCUCUACCCCCUUCCACAACGCAGGGUAUCUUGGCUCAGGGUGGCACUGACCCGGCUUGCCCAACCCCAGAGCCAGAGGGUUUUGCUGUCACCUACGGUGUAAAUAUUUUCUAUGUACCAGUACUCAAAGUCAACGGAAAACAGCACAGAGGAGGGAGGGAAGGAGGAAAGAGUACUUCUCCUGUGAAAGCCAACAGGAGUCCUGUGAGGAGACUGGGACCGAAGGAGGACGUAUGAAACGUGGUGCUCAUCCCCAUCGGUGUGGCGUCAUGCGCCCAGGGGGGCGUCGUCUUUCUCUAUUACUGUAACUGUUUAGUGACCCCGACCCUCUGCAGAGUCCCCUCCCAUCUCUCUCUCUCCGGCGGCCUGUAAUCGGUCCUUCCUUCCUUCCCCACUUGUCCGUUGGACUAGUUCCACACCUUGUCUGUUCUCUUAAACCGUUUGUCUGUCUGGUGGCUCAUUUUAGAGGGGGGGGAAAAACUGCUUUUUUGUACAAAGAAUUUACAGAAUUAUUAUUUUUUUGAUUCUUCAUGUAAAAAAAAAAAAAUCUGUGCUUCAUUGCAGAGAUUUAGAGGAGAGACUUCUGGUAGUCUGUUUCACUGCCCUAGGAGUUGAUGCUCGUGUGUGUGUGUGUGUGUGUGUGUGUGUGUGUGUGUGUGUGUCUGUCUGCGGGAGGGUUUGCAAGUGAGGGUGGCCCAGGUAACGUGAAUGUUUGUUGGCUUGAAGUUACCUUGAGUGGGUGAACUUGCCUUUAGGUAGUAUUUUAGCAUUUUAUUUUUGAAUUUUAAUGGUUAUUUGUAGAAAUGUAAUUUAAUGUAUAGAUGGUUACUCCAGCUUUCCGCAGAGACACAUGUAAAUAGAAGCUUCUUUUCUUUACUACGCGUGUACAAUUCGCUCCCAUCCCAUUUUGGAAUAUUGUUGUAAAUAAGAACACUCUCUUUGCUAAGCUGAAUGUUUCUGUGACCGUAGCACUAUUUUUAUUGUUCAUCUUUGGGUUAUUCCAUUUUGA